AUGGGUGGAUGGAUUUCAGAUCAGUUGUCUAUUUACUUGGCAGAGUUAUUUGAUCUUUGUAAAGAGGAAAAAUUUGAAACUGAGUUGAAGUAUAAAAUGACAGUUAAUGGAAAAGUUGUAGUGCUUUAUUUGAAAAAAAACAGGGAUCUCCUUGCACCAGGCUACACAGAAACACAUUAUAAUUCCACUGGGAAGGAGGUUACCACCAGCCCACAGAUAAAGGAUGAUUGUUAUUACCAAGGGCACAUUAUUAAUGAAAAAGUUUCUGAUGCUAGCAUCAGCACAUGUGGGGGUUUAAGAGGCUACUUCAGUCAGGGAGAUCAAAGAUACUUCAUUGAACCAUUAAUCCCCACAAAUCAGGAUGGACAAGGGCAUGCACUCUUCAAGUAUGACCCUGAUGAAAAGAAGGCUAACAGUACUUGUGGGAUGGAUGAUGUGUUAUGGGCACAUGGAUCUAGGAAGAAUGCAGUCCCACCUGCCACCAGUCUGGUUAAAUUGAAUGAGCAGAAGAUUCAGAAACAUAAGAAAUAUAUAGAAUAUUAUUUAGUACUGGAUAAUGGAGAGUUCAAAAAGUACAAUCAAAAUCCAGAGGAAAUAAGAAAGAGAGUUUUUGAGAUGUCUAAUUACGUUAACAUGCUUUACAAAAAGCUCAAUACUCAUGUGGCCUUAGUUGGUAUGGAAAUCUGGACAGAUGAAGAUAAGAUAAAGAUAACCCCAAAUGCAAGCUUCACCUUGGAAAAUUUUUCUAAAUGGAGGGGGAGUAUCCUCCCAAGAAGAAAGCGCCAUGAUGUCGCUCAGUUAAUCACGUCAACAGAACUUUCGGGAAUGACCGUUGGCCUUGCUUUCAUGUCUACAAUGUGCUCUCCUUAUCAUUCUGUUGGCCUUGUUCAGGAUCACAGUGACAACCUGCUUAGAGUUGCAGGGACAAUGGCCCAUGAAAUGGGCCAUAACUUUGGAAUGUUUCACGACUCCUAUAUUUGCAAGUGCCCUUCUACAAUUUGUGUAAUGGACAAAGCACUAAGCUUCUAUAUACCCACAGACUUCAGUUCUUGUAGCCGAGUAAGCUAUGACAAGUUCUUUGAAGAUAAAUUAUCAAAUUGCCUCUCUAAUGUUCCACUGCCUACAGAUAUCAUCUCAACUCCAAUCUGUGGGAACCAGUUGGUAGAAGUGGGAGAGGACUGUGAUUGUGGUACUCUCGAGGAAUGCACCAACAUUUGCUGUGAUGCUAAAACAUGUAAAAUCAAAGGAAAUUUUCAAUGUGCAUUAGGAGAAUGCUGUGAAAGAUGCCAAUUUAAAGCAGCUGGUGCUGUCUGCAGACCAGCAAAAGAUGAGUGUGACCUGCCAGAAAUGUGUAAUGGUAAAUCUGGUAACUGCCCUGAUGAUAGAUUCCGAGUCAAUGGCUUCCCUUGUCAAAAUGGAAAGGGCUACUGCUUGAUGGGAAUGUGCCCCACGCUGCAGGAGCAGUGUGCCGAGAUAUGGGGACCAGGAUCUGAGGUUGCAGAUAAGUCAUGUUUCAACAGGAAUGAAGGUGGGUCAAAGUACGGGUACUGUCGCAAAGUGGAUGACACACGCAUUCCCUGUAAAGCAAAUGAUGCCAUGUGUGGGAAGUUGUUCUGUCAAGGUGGGUCAGAUAAUUUACCCUGGAAAGGACGCAUAGUAACUUUUCUGACAUGUAAAACAUUCGAUCCUGAAGAUACCAUUCAAGAAAUAGGCAUGGUGGCCAAUGGAACUAAAUGUGGAAAUAAGAAGGUUUGCAUUAAUGCAGAAUGUAUGGAUAUCGAGAAAGCCUACAAAUCAACCAAUUGCUCAUCUAAAUGCAAAGGACACGCUGUGUGUGACCAUGAGCUGCAGUGUCAGUGUAAAGAAGGUUGGGCCCCACCUGACUGUGAUGACUCCACAGUGGUCUUCCACUUUUCCAUUGUGGUUGGGGUGCUGUUCCCAGUGGCUGUCAUAUUUGUGGUGAUUGCUACAGUAAUCCGGCACCAGAGCAUCAGAGGAAAGCACAAGAAAGUAAAGAGGCCACUGUCCAGCACUGGAGCCAGACUACACAAACAGAAGAGGAAACCCCAGAUGGCAAAAGCUGUUCAGCCUCAGGAGAUGAGUGAGAUCAAGCUCAAUGUGUCUGAACUGCCAGGAGAAGGCAAUGAGCCUCCAGCUUCUUUUCAUAAAGAUACAAAAAUACUUCCCUCUACUGUUCCCAAGGAUAAGCCAAUAUCUACAUCUAAGAUUUAUAUGCCCAAUACUCUUGGACAGGAAGAUGACUGUGAAGAAGCUGUGAAGCUGAAAUCUUUGAUUAAGUGA